GCACCUGCGAUCAUCUCCUAGAAAGUUUCGUCAUCGUUGCAUGGCCUAGAUCUACUCGUGUUUAGGGAAGCGUUCCGACACAACAUAUUGUCGAAAUUUCUUUUUAUUCAGUUUUUGCUAUUGCUCUGAAAUAGCUCAAACUACAAUUCAAUAUGCCGACGAUUUCUGUUAAAAGGGAUGAGCUGUUCAAAGCUCUGGAACGAACAUACACUGAUGAGGAAUUUGAUGAACUCUGCUUUGAGUAUGGCCUGGAGUUGGAUGAAGUCACCUCGGAGAAAGAGCAAAUGGAGAGGGAGAAGGGAGUAGGAAAGGCAGUAGGAGCCUCGGAGGUUGUGGAGUACAAGAUUGACAUACCGGCUAACAGAUAUGACUUGUUAUGCGUGGAGGGCGUGAGCAGAGGCCUACGGGUUUUCCUUCAAAAAGAUCCCACUCCUCGCUACAAGGCUGUUCCACCAAAGACUGGUGCCCCCCAGAGGCUGGUUAUACAGAGUUCUACAGCUCAAGUUCGACCGCAUUGUGUUGCAGCUGUCCUCAGAAAUAUCAAGUUCACGCAGGAGAGGUACGAAAGCUUCAUUGACCUUCAAGACAAGCUUCAUCAGAAUAUAUGCAGGCGACGGGCCCUGGUAGCCAUCGGUACCCACGACCUUGACACGAUUGAGGGCCCGUUCAGCUACGAGGCGCUGCCUCCGUCACAGAUCAAGUUCAAACCUUUGGGUCAGGAGCAAGAGUACACCGCGGUGGAGCUGAUGGAGCUGUACUCGGGAGACAGCCACCUGAAGCCUUACCUGCCCAUCAUCCGAGACAAGCCGGUCUACCCAGUCAUCUAUGACAAGAACCGCGUGGUUCUCUCCAUGCCUCCCAUCAUCAACGGUGAACAUUCAAAGAUCACCCUCAACACUCGCAAUGUGUUCAUUGAAGCCACAGCGACUGACCUGACCAAGGCCAAGAUAGUGCUGGACACCCUGGUGGCAAUGUUCUCUGUGUAUUGUGAGGUCCCCUUUGAAGUGGAGAUGGCAGAAGUUGUCCAGCCUGACGGGACUGUGUGCAAGUACCCGGAACUUGCCUACAGGACGGAGACAGUCAGUGCUGCACAGAUUCGCAAACAAGUCGGAGCGGAGAUCGCGUCGGCAGACAUGGCAAAACUCCUGACCAAGAUGUGCCUGCAGAGUAGUCUAGCCGCUGAUGGAGACAGCCUCUCGGUGGAGAUUCCUCCCACUCGCUCUGAUAUUUUGCAUCAGUGUGACAUCAUGGAAGAUGUGGCCAUCGCUUACGGUUUUGACAAGAUUCAGAAGACUGUGCCCAACACAAACUGUAUUGCUGAACAGUUCCCGCUGAACAAACUGUCUGAUCUGUUGAGGAGGGACGUCGCCGCCUGCGGCUUUACCGAGGUUCUCACCUUUGCCCUGUGCUCUAAAGCCGAUGUGGCCGACAAGCUUGGGAAGAAGAUCGAGGACGCGAAAGCUGUGCACAUUUCUAACCCCAAGACAGCAGAGUUUCAGAUUGCCAGGACAACUUUGCUGCCCGGAGUUCUGAAGACGUUGUACCACAACAAAGGGAUGCCCUUGCCGCUGAAGCUCUUCGAAAUCUCGGACAUCGUUUAUCAGGAUCCUUCCAAAGAUGUCGGCUCCCGCAAUGAGCGCCACCUGUGUGCGGUCAACUACAACCGCUCGUCGGAGUUUGAGGUGAUCCACGGCCUGCUGGACCGCGUCAUGCAGCUGCUGGAGGUGCCGUUUGGCGGGCCCGACGGAUACCGCCUGGAGGCUGACACAGAUCCCACCUUCUUUCCCGGCCGCUGUGCCAAAAUCGUGGCCAGAGAUCGGGUUAUAGGUCAUCUAGGCACCCUUCACCCUGACGUUAUCUCAAACUUUGACCUCAACAUGCCCUGCUCGGCCCUGGAGAUCACUAUUGAACCAUUCUUGUAGAAUUUUCACACUCCCAUAUGUAAUAAUGUCUGCUGCCAUUUUAUUUGGGGUUUUUUUCCAUUGGUUUUUUUUUUGGGGGGGGGUUUGUAUGUUAGAGAAACUAAGUGAACUGGAAUCCUUGAAGAAAACAGUAAAUGGAGGUGCUUUAGUAAAGUCUGGUCUUCUAUUAAUAGUCUCAGACCAUUUAGGUCUUUUUUUUUCAACUUUCUGUGAGUCAUGAUUGUUUUCUUUAGUUUUAACAUAUAUAUAUAUAUAUAUAUUUUAAUAUAUAUAUAAGUGCAGAAGAUGAGAGGUGUAACUUAAAGAGUAACAGGAACAGAUGAGAAGGAGGGGAAGAGAGUGGCAAUAAAUGUGUGACAGGAAAGGAGCAAACCACAUCACCAGAGCAUCCACCAACUACUACUGGCUGGCCAUGUUUGUCUCCGUGGGUCCCAUCUUUUGUAACAUUCUGUUUGAUCAGAAACUCUGUCCAUGUUGAAUCGUGUAGUGUUCACCCUUUUCUCACAUUAGCUUCUCUCGUUCUGACUGCAAGUUUCUAUUUCCAUAGCUUUUGGAGGGGAGUGCUUUCCACAGUUUAUGAAUGAUUAGUACUGGUACUAAUUUUAGGACAAAUCCAACCCCUUUUCUUUAGGGUAAUCUUCUUCUCCUCUAAGAUUAGGUAUAAUUUUCUUCUCUGAGAUUAGGUAUUAUUUAUUACUGAUUAACGUCAAUUAGAUAAAUAAUGCAUAUAAAUUUUACUUUGGUUUCUUACAAGAUGCCAUUCUUCAGGGUUCCUUGCUCUUGCUUUACUCUCUCCUGGUUUCUCUCCCCAUUCCCACGUUUCUGCUGGCCCAAAUGGUUGAAUAAAAAGAAAUUAGACAGUGGAAAAUACCUCAAACCUUAACCCUAUCCGUACGCCCUGGGGUAAUUUUGUACCUCCGGGCUUGUAUUUUUCACAGUUUAGAAUACCUCUAGAAAGAAGAUCUCUUUGAAACUUUCAGUAUUUCUCAAAAAAUCCUUUUCACAGACUGCUAUGAAAAGCUUACGGAUCUGAUUAACGAGUAAAUUUUGAAACUUUGAAAGUGAUGGCACAGAGUUCCCCACGUCGUAUGGAUACGAUAGUAAAACACGACGUACGGAUAGGGUUAAGUGGUGGCAGAGAGUUCCCCACGUCGUAUGGAUACGUUUGUAAAUCUCGACGUACGGAUAGGGUUAAGAUCUGGUCGGGAAGAGCUAUUGGAUUAUUUGAGCAGUUGGAAAAGUUGAGGCAAUCGUACUACUUUGCUCUUUUGGCAUCUUGCAAGACACAAAGUGUCCCCUUUCUCCAUUCUAGGGGUACAAUACACGGCAUAUGGUAAAAAUGUCAGAUGAGAAUUUAUUGUAACUACUCUUCACAUUGUAUCAGAAUGACUACUCACAUCCUGUUUUUCAUUGCACCACGUGCAUUCUUCCUAUUUCUUUUCACUGAGAAUAUAUAUCACAGUGUAAAAAAAAAAUAAUCCAACUGUUUGCUUUAGUUUGCGGCAGUUAGCUUAAUUUUCUCUACUGGUUGAUAAUUUAUUUGGAAUGAGUUCCUCGUGAUCAUAUUUUUUUUAGCUUGUUAUUUUGUUUUCUUGUGAGAAAAUGAGAGAAUGUGGGCUAAACAAUAAAUAUUUUCUGCGUAUUUCA